CCAAAAUUCACUCUCUGUCCACUUUCUUCUUCUAUCAAACCCUAAAUUUUCACCAUAAUAAUAAAUAUAAAAUUAUAUGUAACAAAAUAAACUCUUAAAUUAUUUCGAACAUUAAAUAUAAGGUUUCAUUGAUCCUUAAUCGACCAAGAUCUAUAAGGUUGGAGAAUUGUAACUAGUCAAUGAGUUGUGGAUUUUACGGGAAGGACUUUGAUAGUUUGAAAAAACUAAGUGCUGCAAGUUUGGUUUCUUUUAAAGAUUUGAAACUUGGUUGUGAAUUGUGAUGGAUGAGACAAAAGGGGAUUCGAGGUAUAUGUCGAAUUACGGGGCGAGUCAAGGAUAUGGGUCGAAUCAACAUUCUAAAGUUUCUAUUCGUGAUGUAGGUCAGCCUCACUCAAAGCAAAUUGUGGAGAAUUAUGUUGAUUUGGAUGAUGAUGAAGUAGAAGACGAUGAAGAUGAGCAGGAAGGUAAUGGUGGGGAUAAUGAAAUGAACGGUGUGGUUCGUCUUAAUGGAGAUGGUGCCGAGGUUGAUGAUGAGGAUACUGACGAUGAUGGUGACGAUAGUAGCAAUCGUAGAAGUGAAAAUAUUAAUUUACAUAGGCAUCCGAAAAAAAGAAAGCUGAAGAGCUUAUUAUCUAGUUUUGAAUUGGUGCCUCGCGUACCGACCCCAGUGCCACUGCAGGUGGCACGACCAGUUGUCGCCAGGUCCUCGUUCGGUGGAAGAAACACACUUACUGACUGGAGUGAACAUGAGACAUUUGUUCUUCUUGAUGCGUGGGGUGAGAGGUUUCUUCAACGUGGAAGGAAGAGUCUAAGAUCAGAAGAAUGGCAGGAAGUAGCUAAUAAGGUUUCACGUGGAUCAAAGAUGGAAAGAACUGACACUCAAUGUAGAAACCGUUUGGACACAUUGAAAAAGAAGUAUAAAAAGGAGAAAGCUUUGUUAGAAGGUAAUAGAGGUGCAAAUUCGAAAUGGGUGUAUUUCAAGAAAAUGGAUGUAUUAAUGUCAUCAACACCCCGGCAGGCAGGAGUUUCAGGUAGAGUAGAUCCAGGUGAGUACACGUUAAUGAACCCGACUGCAUUUGUCAACCGUUCAAAUGGAUUAGAUGAAAUGAGGGAAAGCCCGGGAAACACAGAAUCGCAAGAGGGUGAUGAUGACGAUGAUGAUGAUUUGCUGCCACCAAAAAGGUCAAAACAUAAUGGGGAUAUAGUCAACAGAGGCUCAUUCAAAUUACUUGCUGACUCCAUUAACAAGUUUAGUGAUAUAUAUGUGAAGAUUGAAACUCAGAAGAGAAAGCAGAUGGCAGAACUAGAGAAAAUGAGGAUGGAUUUCCAUAAAGAGUUGGAAUUACAGAAACAGCAAAUCCUUGAAAGAGCGAGAGACGAGAUUAUAAAACUCAGACGACGGGAUUAUGAAGAAAAUGAUUCUGCAGGGAAUGUUAGUGGGUAAACACAUCUGCUUUUGACUAAUAUUUUUAAUUUCUAAUUCAAACUUGCUAUCUGACUUACUGCUGUUGUAUAAUAUGCGAGUUGUAACUCCAUUUGGCUGCUUAAUUAUUUUAGGCAAUAAAUAGAUGUACUUUAUAUUA